CGCCAGUUCCGGGCUUAGACUUUCUUUUGGUCUUGCGUGGUCUUUGAAGGCAGAUCACAGAUUGCGGUCCAACUAAAGUGAGAUGACGAAGGGUACGUCCAGCUUUGGAAAGCGGCACAACAAAACCCACACGUUGUGCCGCCGUUGUGGUAGAUCGUCCUACCACAUCCAGAAACACACCUGUUCGCGAUGUGGCUAUCCCGCAGCCAAAAUCCGGUCAUAUAACUGGUCGGAGAAAGCCAAGCGCAGGAAGACCACUGGUACUGGCCGCAUGCGUUAUCUGAAGGUUGUGCGUCGCCGCUUCCGCAACGGUUUCCGUGAGGGCCAGGUGGCGAAACCACGCAAGGCUGCCGCUUAAACAAACGAGAGAGAAAGGGGGGCGGGUCUACUAAAGUGUUAUCCCUACCGUCCGGGGAGGAAUUCAUAAAACGUUGCUAUUGUAACUUCAUGCGACUGGCGGGCCAACGAAUGUCACACUGAUGUGCUAUCUAUCAGAUGAAGUAACAAUAUCUUCUCCAAGAUAUUCUAUUUGCUGAUAGCGAGGUUACCGUUUGUGGGUGUGUAACAGUAAUCGGAGAUGUUGAAUAAAAGUCCAUGCUUUGCAAAACAACGUAAA